UUUUCCAGAUAAAAAUUGACUAGCACCAUCUUACAAAUUAUCUUUGAGUCGAUCAGCUGCACAUCUGCAGUUAAACAUCGUUUGUGAGUAUGGAGAAUGAAGACAUUGUUGAGUAUGAAGAUGACGAUGAUUUUGAAGACAUUGAAGACGAGGGUGACUCAUCGUUGUUGAAGCUGAAGGAGGGCGCGAGGAAGAAAAAGGGGAGGGGCUUGGACGACUCGGCUGCAGGUGCGGGGGAGAAGAGAACAGCAGAUGAUUACGACGAGUUGGACGAUGAUGAUGCUGCCACCCACGUAUCUCUCAGUGGACCCGGGGCGCCUCAAAAGUCAGUGGAAGGCUGGAUUGUGUUCGUAGCUGGGAUCCACGCAGAGGCAACAGAAGAAGAUGUGAAAGAUAUGUUUGCAGACUACGGAGACAUUAAGAACAUCCAGGUUCCUCUGGACAGGAGAACCGGAUACCUCAAAGGAUACGCUCUUGUUGAGUUUGAACGUGCAAAAGAGGCCAAAACGGCACUGGAGGCUUUAAACGGAGCCGAUCUUUUGAGCCAGGAAAUCAGCGUCGACUGGGCGUUUGUGAAGAGCAAUAAAACACAAAAGUCGAGGCGCAGCAGAAACGCCGGCAGAUCGAGAAGCCCACUUGGCAGAAAGAGAUGAGAGCCGAAAAAAGAAGAAAAUAUAAAUUGAUGAACUACUUUUAGUUUUCAUUUGAUGUCUCGUAUGUUUUUUUUGGUAUACCAAAUUCCUUUUGUGUUGAUUGUUUUUAAUAUCGUUUCUGGUAAAUUGAAUUUUUGAUACCACA